AUGACCAAAAUUGAUUGGAACAUUCUCACUGAACUGAAAGCAGACACAAAUCCAGCCACAUUUGCCCAUGAUAUUGAAAUUUAUGUAGAUUUGACUCUGAAAUCGAUUUCCGAAAACUCAAUUCAAGCAAAGAAGCUUAUUUACAUUGAUAUUAUUAAUAGAAUUCUUACAGAGAGCUUUUCUUUCAAUGUAAUUUACAAAUUCUUUCUUCAUAAAGAUGAGGUAUCAAUUCAGAAAGCGUUUGAAGAAGUACCAUCGAAAGAAAAAUACUUGUACCCAGAUGUUGAAGCAUUUACUAAACAUAUUGAAAAAUUAUUCCUUCUGGAUUUAGAUCAUUUCGAACUUAUCCUUCCAGAAAUCGCAUAUGCUGAGGGAGAAACAUUCCAUACGUCUAAGGUUGUUGAACAAGAUUCAAAUAAGUUACUGUUUAAUAUAGAUAACAUUAAAAUUGAACAACAAGUUGAUAGAGAACCAGUUGUUUCAAGAAUUAUGAUUGCAAUGAAUGAUUUCAUUAAUGUACCAGAUCUUCUAAAGCUUGAUCUCAUCUUCGCACAGGAUUAUACAACAAAAUUUGAACAAUUUUUCGCAAAAGUUGGCAAAAUACCAACAAAAAUAGAAUCAUCUUCCGAAUACAAUGAAAAUGAAUUACAUCUUAAGGAAGAAAUUGCGAAAAUGUCAAACCAAUUUGCUAAUGAACAAUAUAAUGUACCAAUUCUUCUUCAAAAGUUGCUAGACUUAGUAAAUUUGGUUGAUAGAAAUAUUGAAUCAUUCAGAAAGCCACAACUAUUAACUUUUAUCAGAUUUAUCCAAAAUUGUACUUCCAAAUAUGGAAUUGAUAUCAGAAAGCAGUCAACUACAGCAUUAUCUGCAGCUGCUUUCACAAUUUCAUUCACAAGACUUGAAGAAAGUAAGAAGAAAAUUAAAAAUUCAAUUCGAGAUCUUGAAUCUAACCUUCAAAUUGAUGUUUCACAGCCACCAGUUGGAAAUGUUAUCAAUUAUCUUCCAGUUCAGUCCAUUGAUUUAGCUGUUAAAGACAUUACAAAAGAAUUAAAUUUCAUUUCCGAGGAAAUCAUGCCAAGACAAGGUUUCAUGGUUGAAGAACUCGAUUCCGAUACAUAUGGAUUUGUUAUUGAUUCUACUUCCAACUUAAUUGAAAAAGUUCAAAAUCGUCACGAAAAAAUACGCAGAGAAGAAGAACUGAGACAGCAAAAGAAGCAAGAAGAUCUUGAUCGAUUCAACAACCUUCCGCCAACAGUCAAAGACGGAAUUCCUAUCCAUCCAUCUGACUAUUUCAGAAUGUUGACAGAUUAUUUCUCAGCUUGGGAUGAAACUGGUUUACCUUUGAUGGACGCUAAUGGCGAAGAACUCACAACUGAAAUGAGAAUUGAACUUUCAAAGAAAUAUUCUAAAAUGCACUUAGAACACAACCUUUAUUCUAAGUCACAUGGAGAAGCAGCUAAGUCUGCUCCAGUUGAGGAAUAUUAUGAAUAUAAUGAAGCUUAA